GGUUUAUGCUACCCAAGAGAGCUGGAUCUCAACCUGGCAUUUCUAGACGAAAGCAGAAGCCAUUUAGAGGAUUCAGGGGACGCUUAAGAGGCUGUGUGUGCACACAUGCGUGGACGCAGCCUGCUGAGGUUGCAGAUCUGAUGUAAAGAGGAGGAAUCUUGACGUCAUCCUCUGUGCACAGGUGCUCAGGAGCCCAGACCCUGGACAGGGGGCAGCAUCCUGAGGACAUCGUCGCCUGGAAGCAGGUGGCUUUCGGACUUUUCUCUGUAGCACUUUAUCCUUCGUAGUGGCAGCCUUCAUAUCAGGAGACUCGUCUGCUGCAUUUUAAAACCCAGCCUUCUUAGUGUUCCUAGCACUGCCUACUGGCUGCUCUGCGUAGCUCACUGAGAAGCCAGAGGUCCCUGGCUGCCGGAUCUAUUCUGUCUUAGAAAAAAGCAACCGACUGCUUCGCAAACCUCAGCUUACUCUUUGACACCAUGGAACUGUUUUGAACUUCUUUAGGUUUAAAUUUUUUUUUUCUACUUAAAAUGUCAGCAGUGUUGGUAGAGACUCAAGAGAGGGCUUCUGAUUUCUGAGGCUGGACAGGGCACUGAGAGACAUGAAAACUUCCCGGCUGAAUUCCAGAUUCAUGAAGGAAUUUUUCCGAGCAUCUGCUGCGUUUAGAAUGGCCUGCAGGGAUCCCUUGAAGAAUUAGAAAUUUUGGGUCAAACUUUGAGAGCAAUGGCUGAGAAGGAAAGAUGAACACCGUGGGGUAGGGGUCGGGUGAGCUGACCUUAGGAAAUGAUUGACAUCUGCUACAACCGGCUGGCUUGGCUUUUCCCAUCACAAUUUGAGGUCUUCAUGUGCUGUCCAUUAUCUACUGAAGAUUAGAUGGAGCGUAGGAAAGCAAGGGAACCUAGUAACAAAAGGGUCAAACCCCUUUCCAGAGUCACAUCGCUAGCAAACCUCAUCCCACCUGUGAAGACCACACCGUUAAAGCGCUUCAGCCAAACCUUGCAGCGGUCCAUCAGCUUCCGCAAUGAGAGCCGCCCCGACAUCCUCGCCCCUAGAGCCUGGUCCAGAAAUGCCACCUCCUCAAGCACGAAGCGGAGGGACAGCAAACUCUGGAGUGAGACCUUCGAUGUGUGUGUCAGUCAGGUGCUCACAGCCAAGGAGAUCAAGAGACAGGAGGCAAUUUUUGAGCUUUCUCAAGGUGAAGAGGAUUUGAUAGAGGACUUGAAAUUAGCAAAAAAGGCCUACCAUGACCCCAUGCUGAAACUCUCAAUAAUGACAGAACAAGAGCUGAAUCAGAUUUUUGGAACACUGGACUCUCUAAUCCCUCUCCAUGAAGACCUCCUUAGUCAGCUUCGAGAUGUUCGGAAGCCCGAUGGCUCGACGGAACACGUUGGUCCCAUCCUCGUGGGCUGGCUGCCUUGUCUCAGCUCCUAUGACAGCUACUGCAGCAAUCAAGUUGCUGCCAAAGCCCUGCUGGACCACAAGAAGCAGGACCACAGAGUGCAGGAUUUCCUCCAGCGCUGCUUAGAAUCACCCUUCAGCCGCAAACUCGACCUCUGGAAUUUCCUUGAUAUUCCCCGGAGCCGGCUAGUGAAGUACCCUCUGCUCCUUCGAGAAAUCCUGAGGCAUACGCCAAACGAUAAUCCAGACCAGCAGCACCUGGAAGAAGCUAUAAACAUCAUUCAGGGAAUUGUGGCAGAAAUCAACACCAAGACUGGGGAAUCGGAAUGCCGUUAUUACAAAGAGCGGCUUCUUUACUUGGAAGAAGGCCAGAAAGAUUCCCUGAUUGACAGCUCAAGGGUCCUGUGUUGUCAUGGAGAGCUGAAAAAUAACCGGGGUGUGAAACUCCAUGUUUUCCUGUUCCAAGAAGUGCUGGUGAUUACUCGAGCUGUCACGCACAAUGAGCAACUCUGCUAUCAGUUGUACCGGCAGCCCAUCCCUGUGAAGGACCUCACUCUGGAAGACCUGCAGGAUGGAGAAGUGCGGCUGGGUGGCUCCCUGCGUGGGGCCUUCAGCAACAAUGAGAGAAUUAAAAACUUCUUCAGAGUCAGUUUCAAGAACGGAUCCCAAAGUCAGACCCACUCACUGCAAGCCAACGACACCUUCAACAAACAACAGUGGCUCAACUGUAUCCGUCAGGCCAAAGAAACGGUUCUGUCUGCUGCCGGGCAGGCUGGCUUGCUUGACUCCGAGAGCCUGUCCCAGAGUCCUGGCACUGAGAACAGGGAGCUGCGGGGAGAAACAAAACUUGAGCAGAUGGACCAAUCGGACAGUGAGUCGGACUGCAGUAUGGACACAAGCGAGGUCAGCCUCGAAUGCGAGCGGAUGGAACAGACAGACGCUUCCUGUGCAAACAGUAGGCCCGAGGAGAACGUCUGACAGAGGCUGUGACCCUGCCAGCAGCAGGCCCGUGUCUUACCUGUACAGUGUUUGUAUUCCACACGGGAACAGUUUGGAGAGGCACUUUGUAAUACUCCUGUGCCUGUGUUGGCCUAGCCCCUGUGUCUACUCCUUGUCCCUAGCACUGUAACUGCCACCCAGUCUGUGUCAGCUUGCAGCAGCCCUUACCCUGUUGCUGUAUCCCACAAGCAUCUGGAUGAGUGCGGAGGAAUGGACCAUGUUACUUCGAGUUGUCCUACAUUCAAAACAGAAAGACUCUCUAAACUACUGUUGUGCAUGGCAAGGCCUUUGUCUCAUGCUUGCCUAGUGUUCCUCUAGCUCUGACAUAGUCGCUGAAGUCCUGGCACUGGGAGAGCUCUGCAGAAUACUGAGAUCGCAUUGAAGGGAAGGCAGAAAGUCUGAUUAACCCUUGGAGGGAACUCCAGUUUUGAGUUAAUUCAACUAGAAAGCAUGAAAAGCAUCUCUGGGGGUUUCUGAGGUUGGAUUUUUGCAAAGGAGGAAGCCUUGUUUUGAAGCCUGUGGUUUCAUCCAGUGCAAGUUGAAUGUGAAUAAUCUGUGAAGACCUGAAACAGAGGUGGCUUUAGAAAGGGCCAAGACAAGAGCAGCUGCCGGACAGGCAAGCAGAGGCAGGAAGAUGCGGAGUUCAAGAACAGCCUUGGCUACUUACCAAAUUCUAGUUCAAACUGAAUUCCACCGUAAAAACAAAACAAAGCUAAAAGCACCAGCCAGCUCUGAAUAUUCAGCUGAAGUUGGGGGUGGAUAUUGGAGGCGUUUGUCAUGGCCAAUGGCUUGCCAUUAGAAGAGCCCUUUCUAGCCUACAACAUCAGGAUUGCCAGGACCAGAGAAGAUCUGCCAGGGUCAUGUGACCCCAUCAGCAUUAUGUUUCAUCCUCCUCAGCCACUCCUCUUUUCCAGUGGUAAUAGGGGGCUGGGGGAUAGGGACACAGAGACUGUGACUGCAUCCAGUGACUGUUGACAAACAAGAGAGAAGGACUUGGGGGUGAGAAAUGUGUCACUGUCACCCAAGGCUCCUGCGUGAACCACAGAAAUUGAAGUUACUCCGGAGGGUCUCAAGAUUUCCUGCUCUGCUUUUGGGCCUGGUUCUAGAGCUACAGACGGACUGGUGGUUAAUUCCCCUCGAGGCUGGUUUCAUUAGCUCUUAUUAACUAGAACCGGCUAGCCAAACUGGAAAGUUCUUUGUUAAAGCCUUGCUUUACAGAGCAAGGAUGGGUAAAAAGACCUUGAGGGCGUGGUGGAAAAAACCGUUCACAAACUAGACAGAGCAGCUUCUGCAAGUGUAAAUACUUAGAGGAUUUGUAUAAAAUUAUACCCACACCAGCACUAGUAGUAAUGAUUCUAAAUUAUUGCCAAAAAGUUUUUUUUGUUUGUUGUUGUUAAUUUUUGCAUCUAUCAAAAGUUUACAGAAAAGAAAGCAAAAUGCAAAGUUGUCCCUUUACUAUGCACAUGUGUCGUGCGCACUGAAAGAAGCCGUGUGGCAAGAGCAACCAAUAGAAAAACAAGGUAUAUGACAUUAUUAUUUUUCAAGACCUAUUUUGACCAGUUUCUACCCUGUAAAGCCUAUUUCUGUAUUUAUAGUUUUUAACCAUGGUGAAAAUUUUUUUCUAUUAUGAGUUUAUUUAAAACCAUUUUGUCUCUCAAGUUGCUGAUGUAGCGAAUAAACCUGCUCCGGGCAGACACAGUAGGAAGCUGAGACGGACCGGGCACUGGACGAUAGAGAAAAGCCUGAAAUGUUCUCUACAGAGCCAUUGUGACCAGCGAGUUAAGGAAGGGUCUCUGUCAGGGUCAGCCUGUGGGAAGAGAGUGAAUGAAUGUUCUGGUGAAAUGAAUACUUUUGUAUAAUGGCCUUAAACUUUUCUGGAAGCAUUUCAAAUAAAUUGCAUUAAGAAUA